UUUGUCAAUAGGGUAAAUAGGGGAUAUGAUAGUUGAAAAUAAAUAAAGUUCCGAAUAAAGAAGAAGUUUGUAACCCUUUACAAUUUGCGCCAAUUCUCGAUUACAAUUUGCAUUUCCUUCUACAGUCUACAUUCAUUACUCAUCCAUUCCAGAUUUCGUAUUUCCAGCAUCAAUUUUAAUAGAGCAGGUAAGAAGAAUGAAAGAAGAGAAAAUGAAGAUCUUUUUUUGAUAAUACCAGAAAGUUGGAUCUUCCAAAAAAAAUUGAAGGCACUUUGCUGCUUGAUCUGGAUUUUCUUAGAUAAGUUAAUCGCCGGUUUUUGAUUAAGAUGCUUGGGACACUUCGUACACGCCGUCGUAACCCUUAUGGCGUACAUUUGUGUGCAGUUGCUGCAGCCCUGCUCCUCCUCUUUUCAGUCUCUCUUCUCUACAGCCGCCUCAGCACAAAUUCUAGGGGCUCUUUCCAAAAUGAUGGAGUUAGUAUCUUUGAAGACCCUUUGACUCUUGAGUUUCCCCUACUUCAAGACUCCGAUCCUGACCUUAGAUCCACGUUGUCUAACGACCGAAUUGAUGAACUGGACAUCAUUGAUGAGGACUCUAAGGUUUCCAACGAGGAGGAGAUUUUGAGGGGUCUUGAAUCCGAAGGGGAAGAGAAUGAGAACUCUUUGAUAUCUUCCCCUUCUUUAUCUUCUGGUUAUUACUUUGAUCAAGUUUCUCAUGUUAUUCGCCGUGCUUUUGAUGGUCAAUCCGUCGAUGAGUUUGACCAAUGGGAGGCUUAUGCAAAGCUGUCUGAUGUUGGGCUUCCUUCUGAUGAAAGUCGGACUAAGGUGGCAUUUGGUUCAGAUGAUGUGGCCGUAGAUGAGGAGUUAAGGAGGAAGGUGCUAAAAGUAAACAGCAUUGAGGAUGCACUUUUACUAAAACUGGAUUCCCGUGGUUCGCCACUGAGGGAGGGUUGGGGAGCAUGGUUUGAUGCCAAGAGUACGUUUCUGAGGAAAGAUAAGAUGUUCAAGUCCAACUUGGAGUUGUUGAAUCCUCUGAACAAUAUGCUUUUGCAGGAUCCUGAUGGGCCUGGUGUGACUGGACUUACAAGAGGAGACAAACUCAUGCGAAAGGGGCUAAUCAAUGAGAUGAAGAAAAAUAAACCCUUGGGGCUUUCUAGUACAUAGUAGUGUGAAUCGUCCAAUUACUUGGGUGUCCAGAAGGACCAAAAUCAAGAAAUGAGUAAUCAAGAAAGAAUUCUUGGUUGGCACUUGGCGUUUCCCUCUGCCUCUCAUCAGUUCUCUCACCCUCCCAAAGUAAAUUUCACUCAUUCUCUCGUUACCGACUUUUAGUUUUCUCUCUUUAUCCACCCCUGGAUUCACCUUAGCAGCACUUUCUCUUACUUUUUUCCCCAACCUAACCACUUCCAGAACUCUAUUGAUUUUGAAGAUCAUUCACAAUAUCCGUGCCAAACCAAGGUGUAAAAGUUAUUCAGGGACAGAUGGUAGAUGUUGACCUCAGUUUCCUAUUGGGCCUCAGUUUCCUAUUGGGCCUCAGUUUCCUAUCUGGUAUCUGUUGUACCAAAACUCAAUUGCUAUUGAGAAUUACAUUUUAUUUUUUACUGUGUCGUUUGUGGAUUUAUGUGGGAUUUGAGUGUGAAAUCAUGAUGAGUGGGGAUUGAGCAUAGUUCGAUCGUCUACACAAGAAAAGAGAAAGAUCCACAAUCCUGCAGGUUUUGGCACUCUUUUUACCUACUUUCAAGUUGAAGUAUAUUGCACUAUUGGGAGAGGAUAUUAGUGUUCAGCCUGUAUUAUGCUUUUUUGGGAUAAGAACCAAGAUGAUUCUUAGCUAAUUUCACAGUAUUGAUGAAUAACAUUGAUGAAGAAUUAGGAAGAAGGAUUAAUGAGGAAUUUACGAGAAAAUUACUAAGAUAUGAUUGUAUUGAUGAAUAACAUUGAUUACAACUUACCCAACAACAUUUGAGAGGUUGGAGCUCUCCCAAGUAACCAUUUCCUCACUGAACUUAUCAAUUUUCAAGAUGCCUUUCUCAUUCUAUGUUACUCUAUAUUUAUACUACUUUCCCUAACAAACUAUCCAACUUAUUCCCCAAGUAAACUAGAGAAGAUGAUAGAGCUCUCCCAAGUAACCAUUUCCUCACUAAACUUAUCAAUUUUCAAGAUGCCUUUCACAUUCUAUGUUACUCUAUAUUUAUACUACUUUCCCUAACAAACUAUCCAACUUAUUCCCCAAGUAAACUAGAGAAGAUAAUAUCUAAAUUACCCUACCCCCCUAAAGUCAGUUCUUAGCAUUACUAAGAAUCAUCUGGUUCUUAGCAUUUUGACAUAUUGGCCUCGACUAAAGGACCAAUUAAAAUACAGCUAAAUGGCUCUAAUAGCUCUCCUGCACCAAUAGACCUAGAACCCCCUAGCCCAAUGCAAAGUGAUUUUGUAUCUGUUUUGUUGUGAAAAGGAAUACUAUCACAAGAAUACUCAAUUUGAUUUCUAGGAACCUCGCCAAAGUACGUUACUCUGUAGAGUGUAGAAAAUCUGGCAGCAAGGAGCCAUUAGACAUUCCAGAACCAGAAAAAGUGAACAAAAGAUUUAGCACAUCAGUUCCUAUGAGUGAGGGACAUCCCUUAGACUUUAGAUCAAGAAACAAGGUCCUUCUAGUGACAUGCUUCCAAAUAAUAUAGGCAGUGUAAAACAUACAAGCACUCAAACAGUAUUGCAGUUAUGUCUGCAAACAUUAGUCAUUCAGUCCUUUAUUUUAUGGAAACAUCAGUAAUUUGUGAUUUCUGACAACAUU